GGGGUCAGGGCAGGGCGCCGUAGGGAGGUUGCCCAUCCAUCUGUCCAUCCGUCCAUACCUCCCCGGCUCACCGCCGCGCCUCCUGUCCCGCAGGCAUCGUCGAGAUCCGGUCGGUGCGUGUCGGCGUCGUGGCCAUCCGGGCAGUGCACACCGGCUUCUACCUGGCCAUGAACAAGCGGGGGAGGCUCUACGGGUCGAAGGAGUUCAGCCCCAACUGCAAGUUCACGGAGCGCAUCGAGGAGAAUGGCUACAACACCUACGCGUCGCUGCGCUGGCGGCACCGGGGCCGCCCCAUGUUCCUCUCGCUCAGUAGCAGGGGCAGGCCGCAGCGAGGGGGCAAGACUCGCCGGCAGCACCUCUCCACCCACUUCCUCCCCAUGCUCGUCAGCUGAGCCCCCUGAGCAGCUCUGGGCCGCCCUGUAGGAAAAAAAGUGGAAAAAUAGUUAUUUUAUUUAUGUACAUAUCUAUUUUUUUGCUAUUUAUUGUUUUAUUUUUAAAUGCCUGGCAGAAGAUUGGGUGUGGAAGGCUCCAGACACA